AUGGUUGCAAGUAAGUUCCAGCCGACUUAUGCUCGACAAGCUUUCCCAUGUUUUGAUGAGCCAGAAUACAAAGCAACAUAUGAUAUAACAUUAGUCAAACCCAAGGAGUACAUCGCCCUGUCUAAUAUGAAUGAAAUAUCAAGAUCAAUAGUGGAUUCUUCAGACUCCGAGGCAGUUACCUUUGCAACCAGUGUUCCGAUGUCAACAUACUUAGCAUGUUUUGUGGUCUGCAAUUUUGAUUAUAAGGAGGCUGAUGUAAAUGCUAAUGGAAUCGGGAGUAACUUUACAUUGCGUGCCUUUGCUCAGAAGGAUCAGACACAUAAAAUAGAUUUUGCUCAUGACAUUGGGAAACGUGCCACCGAAUUUUAUAUCAAUUAUUAUGGAGUUCCCUUUCCACUUCCAAAGCUGGAUAUGAUUGCUAUCCCGGAUUAUGUCUCUGGAGCAACGGAACAUUGGGGUCUGAUAACAUAUAGGGAAACAUCCUUCCUUAUUGACAAUGAUUUGGCGUCAUCAAGAAAUAAACUAAGUGUUGCCAAUACAGUGUCCCAUGAAUUGGCACAUAUGUGGUUUGGUAACUUAGUUACAAUGAAAUGGUGGGAUGAGGUGUGGUUGAAUGAAGGUUUUGCUACAUACAUGCAAGCCAAAGCCUUAAAUGCUAUUGAACCAUCUUGGACAAUGUCAGAUCAGUUUUUAGUGAGAACCAUGCAUUCAGUGUUAGAUGUUGAUUCUAAAUUAUCAAGUCACCCCAUUGUACAAACAGUUGAAACACCCGAUGAAAUAACAGCCAUCUUUGAUUCAAUAUCAUACAAUAAGGGAGCUUCGGUAUUAAGAAUGUUGGAAGGUUUUAUAGGUGAGGAGAACUUCAGACUUGGUGUUUCGGAUUACUUAAAGAAAUAUAAAUAUGGCAACACCAUCACACAAGACUUGCUGUCGUCUCUAGAACCAUAUUUCAGAAAAGAUAAUCCAACUUUAAGUCUAAAUUAUAUAAUGGACACUUGGACAAGACAAAUGGGUUACCCUCUAAUAAGUAUCAAAUCAGGUGACAAACCAAACACCUACAUCGUACGCCAAGAACGAUUCCUCAUAGAUCCAGAGGCAAAAGAUCCUGAACCAUCAAAAUAUAACUACCGUUGGCUCGUACCAAUUACAUACACCAGUGAUAAGGGAACAAAUGAUAAUAUUACCUGGUUCCCUGACAACAGUGACUCAAUCCAGCUGACUUUAAGUGAAGGCGAAGAUUGGUUUAAAAUUAAUAACAACCAAGUUGGUUACUACAGAGUCAACUACGAAGAUAGUAUGUGGCUUAAAUUGAUAGAGCAACUCAAAAAUAAAUCCACUAAGCUAUCAAUAUCAGAUAGAUCUCAUCUCCUAAACGAUGUGUUCGCGUUGGCAGAGGCUCAAAUAGUAUCGUAUGAUAUAGCUUUGAAUCUGUCCACAUAUUUGGAUGUUGAAACUGAUUAUGUACCGUGGGAGACAGCCAGCUCAAUAUUAUCUGAAUUAUCAGACAGAUUACUAAAUACCACCGCUCAUGAUCACCUUGAGGUAUACAUACAAAAAUUAAUAAAACCACAGUAUGAUACAAAAUCAUGGGAGAGAAGUAAUUUGACGGUUAUCGAAGGCUUACUCCGUGCAAGAGUUCUAUCUCUGGCUUCAAACUAUCAAUUACCAGAAGCUAAUUCGAAGGUCCGCAGUUUAUUUUUGUCGUGGCUGAAUGCACCCAAUGAUACGAAAAUAGAACCGGAUCUUAGAGACUUUGUAUACUAUCACGGUAUGAAAUCAGCGACACAGGAGGAGUGGGAUAAAUUGUGGCAAAUAUAUACGAACGAGCAAGACGUCCAAGAACUAUCCAAAUUGAGGAGCGCCUUAUCAGCGCCCAGAGAUGGAAAUAUAUUACAGAGAUAUCUCACAUUAGCGUGGGAUGAGAACAAUAUAAGAAGUCAAGACUAUCUGAAUGUGAUUCAACAGAUCAGUUCUAAUCCAUCCGGAACAGAUCUUGUAUGGGAUUACGUUAGGAUCAAUUGGACGAAAUUAGUUGAUAGAUUCACUUUGAACAGUCGCUACUUGGGCAAUAUGAUACCAGGAGUGACCGGCAGCUUCAAAACUAGUGAUAAACUUAAAGAGAUGGAGGCGUUCUUCGCUAAAUAUCCUGAUGCGGGCGCUGGGGAACUGUCUCGACAACGAGCGUUGGAGAACGUUCGUGACAAUAUUCGCUGGACCAACAAACACAUGACAGUUGUUUCAAAUUGGCUCAAGAACAGAUUAUAA